AUGUUUAUGAGAUCUAUUUGCAGAGCUUUUACUACUCGUCCUUUUAAGGUCCUUGGGGUUCAACAAGUCGCUCUUGGACACUUAGAUAAAAACGUUCUUACCAAUUUUUGGAGCAACCAGCUUGGAAUUCCAAAAAUCGGUAAUUUCCAAAGUGAGACAGAGAACGUCAAUGAAGACAUUUUAAGAAUUGGAGAAGGAGAUAACGCUGUAGAAAUCGAUUUAAUGCAGCCUAUCGAUCCAGAAAAGAAUCCUAAAGUUCAUAAGAUUGCCUUGAAUCACUUUGGAUUGUGGAUUGACGAUUUAAGAGCUUGUGUCGAUUAUUUAGUAGCUAAUGGAGUCCAAAUGACACCUGGAGGAAUCAGAAGAGGUGCAGCAGGGUUUGAUGUGGCGUUUGUUCAUCCUAAAUCUACAGGAGGAAUUCUUCUUGAGCUGGUUCAGCACCCUAAUCCACCUAGAAAAUAA